AUGAGUGGCACCGGAGAGACAUCCACGUCACUCGUUCUUGAACCUCUUCGUUCGUUUGUUCUGCAAAGAGUUGUUUUUUGGUUAUUAUAUUAUCCGUCUCGUUGGUUCGUUGCGCGCCCCUUUCACAGCUUCGUUAUUCCUCUACGUUUUCCUCACACGAUGACGUGCAACGAGAAGAAGCUGCGAGCGGAAUGUAUGUUCAUGCGGAAGUCUAGCGUGAUCAUUCAUGGUUUUGGGACUCAGGGGUACCGAUCAGGAUUGAACGUUCGGCAAACGCAUCGGAAUGAAGAAGAAGAGGAAGUGUUAACGACUCAUGGCACGAGCUAACGCACGGAGGUUAUGUUUACCGCGCAAUCAGGUGGCAACGCUAAAGAGGAAGAAGUUACUCGCACCUCCAUGAUAACAAGCAAAGCUGCUAUGCUCAUGUUAUAUUCCACCACGGCGACACUUUCUGUCUUUCAGCGUUUUCUUGCUUAAUAUUGUAUAAGAUAUGAACGCCUUAUGUGAAUCAAAUUUCUUCUUCUAAUAGAAGCAUUAUUUCAAAUGUUUUAUACCGUUAAGGACAAUACAAUUUAUGAAAAUCAAAAUCUCUAUAGCUGUAAACAAUAUUGCUGAUAAAAUGUAAAACUCUUAGGGUUUUAGGUGUCACAAGGAAGUGAUUUAAAUGAAGGAUAACGACAAAAGGCGCGCGCUAUGAAGAGAGCUAUCCAUCGACAGUAUGGUGAUAAUAGACACUGUCAUGGAGUUGCUCUCUUUGUGGACGUAGCUUUGCUCAACGAUUAUCGACGAUAAAAGUGGAACAAAUACACGAUUAAAGAAAUUUAUUUACUUAUGUAAAUUUAAUCGCUUAUUGUCAAUGUAUCAUGGAUAUUCUCUAUACAGUAUGAAAUCUCUUUCCUGAUUAUUUCCUGCGAUAAACAGAAAUUAAUGGUUUUUUUUAUCAUUAAGAACGAUGUAAACUGUACAUAA